AUCCAUUAACCAUCUGAUUUUUUUUGAAAUAUAUUUAUAGCUCCUAGCCAUUUUUGAUAUAACCUUUGAAAAAUAUGGGUUCUUAAAUAUAUAAGCCUUACUAUAGAAUUAAUAUAAAUUAAUUUUAAAAUGUUUAAAAAUCUUCCAAAAGUGCGAGAUGAGGAGAAAGAACAAGAAUUUGGAAAGGUUUAUGGGGUAUCUGGUCCAGUUGUUAUCGCUGAGAAAAUGUUAGGAGCUUCUAUGUACGAACUAGUUAGAGUUGGACAUUCAGAACUAGUUGGUGAAAUUAUAAGGCUUGAAAAUGAUUUAGCAACAAUUCAAGUAUAUGAGGAAACAUCUGGUGUUACAGUAGGAGACCCUGUAUUGAGGACAGGUAAACCAUUAUCAGUUGAGCUAGGUCCAGGGAUAUUGAGUAACAUUUUUGAUGGAAUUCAAAGGCCUCUUCAAUAUAUACAUGAUAUGAGUCAAAGUAUAUACAUUCCUCGAGGAAUUAAUAUACAUGCCUUGAGUAGGGACACAAAAUGGGACUUCAAUCCUCUAUCCAAUAUUAAAGUAGGAAGCCAUAUAACUGGUGGCGAUAUAUAUGCCAUGGUUCACGAAAAUUCUCUUCUAAAGCACCAUAUCAUGUUGCCCCCAAAAUACCAAGGCAAAGUUACUUUUGUAGCACCUCAGGGAAAUUAUGACAUUAGCGACGUGGUGUUAGAGACAGAAUUUCAGGGUGAAAAGUCUAAAUUCACAAUGCUUCAAGUGUGGCCAGUAAGGCAAUUGAGACCAGUUACCGAAAAAUUGGGAGCUAAUUUUCCUCUACUCACUGGUCAAAGAGUAUUGGAUGCUUUAUUUCCUUGUGUUCAGGGUGGAACCACGGCAAUUCCAGGCGCCUUUGGUUGCGGUAAAACUGUUAUAUCUCAAGCCCUUAGCAAAUAUUCUAACUCGGAUGUCAUAGUAUACGUAGGUUGUGGGGAAAGAGGAAACGAGAUGGCCGAAGUUUUGAGGGAUUUCCCUACGCUAACGGUAGAAAUUGAAGGCAAGUCCGAGAGUAUUAUGAAACGUACUACCCUAGUGGCCAAUACAUCUAACAUGCCAGUCGCUGCCAGGGAGGCUUCUAUAUACACUGGUAUUACACUUGCCGAAUAUUUCCGUGAUAUGGGUUACAAUGUAGCUAUGAUGGCUGACUCAACAUCUAGGUGGGCUGAAGCUUUGAGAGAAAUAUCUGGAAGGUUGGCCGAAAUGCCUGCAGAUUCUGGAUACCCAGCUUAUUUGGGGGCUAGGUUGGCUUCUUUUUACGAAAGAGCCGGUCGUGUUAAAUGUUUGGGAAAUCCGGAAAGGGAAGGAAGUGUUAGCAUAGUUGGAGCAGUUUCUCCUCCUGGUGGCGAUUUCUCUGAUCCAGUCACUUCCGCUACUUUGGGGAUAGUUCAAGUAUUUUGGGGUUUGGACAAGAAGUUAGCUCAGAGGAAACAUUUUCCCUCUGUCAAUUGGUUGAUAAGUUACAGCAAGUAUUUGAGAGUGUUAGAUGAUUAUUACGAUAAAAAUUACCCCGAAUUUAUACCACUCAGAACUAAAUGCAAAGAAAUUUUACAAGAAGAUGAAGAUCUCUCUGAAAUAGUUCAAUUGGUUGGAAAGGGGUCCCUAGCAGAAGCUGACAAGAUAACCCUGGAAAUAGCAAAAAUAAUAAAAGACGAUUUCUUGCAACAAAACUCUUACAGCUCAUACGACAGAUUCUGUCCUUACUACAAAACGGUGGGUAUGCUCCAAAACAUCAUAAUGUUUUACGAUCUGGCUAGGCACUCAGUCGAAACCACGGCCCAGAGCGAAAAUAGACGCAUCACUUGGGCUAUCAUAAAGGAUUCUUUGGCCGAAAAUCUUCACGCUCUUAGCAAUAUGAAGUUUAAGGACCCAUUUAAAGAAGGAGAAGCCAAGCUUAAACAAGAAUUCAACGAUCAACAAGAAAAUAUGCAACAGGCCUUUAGAAAUUUGGAAGAUUAAAAAUUGAACGAACUAUUUUUAUAUUUUAUCUGCAAAAAUAUUAUUUUUACAAUAAUAUUCUCCUAAUAGAUAAAUCUCAUUAUUUAAAUAAUUAUAUGGAAAACAUGUAAUUAAUAUAUUUGUAAAACAUUAGUUAUUUAAUGCUAUAAUCUAUCAGGCUUGCUUUCAUAUAUAUAUUUUUUUCUAUUUUAAUUAAUAUUAAAUUCGUUGGACCUUAAUGUUAAAACAUUUUUCCCCCAAACAUUCCUAUUUUUAUAGUUAAAUAUAAUAGUUUUAUAAAUCUGGUCAAUUCAAAAUAUGAAAAAUAUGUAUUGCAUUCAUAUAAAGCAGGUUUUUUUUACGCUACGGGAACUAUAUAAAAUGUAUGUUAUAAACAAUACUACUCACAUUGUCAUCCAUAAUUUAUUGUGAAUCUGUUGUAAAUUAAUUUUGUGCUAUAUGAUAACUAAUUACAAUGUUUAAUCUUCAAUUAAAAAAGCAAUAAAAACGAAUGAUCAAAAAUUAUGCAAUGUUAAAAUUAAUAA